AUCUGCACAACCAAUUAUGUAUUCACAAGAGAGAGAGAGAGGGAAGGAGGUUCACCCCAUCAAGCUAUAAAUUCUGAAGGACAUGAAAUGGGAUGAGAAAGGGAAGAUGAGUUCAGAAUGGUUUCAGGAAGUGACAAUACAUGGAGCUGAAGAGCCUAUCAAACCACCCUCUUGUGGCUGUAUUGUUGAAACAAAGACAGAGCCCAAGUUCCCUCAUAACUAUGAAGCUAUAAUCAAAGACGCAGACUGCCCAGUCAACAGGUCAUCCAUAGAGAAACUGCUUGAACAACUCUAUUCUGGGGUUUUCUUAAACCAAAAGAGAAAGAAGUACUGGGUCCAAAAGAAUUCAGGCCACAACUGCUUCAUGUUAUUCGCAAGGGAUCUUUCAAUCACUUGGGGUGAAAACAAAGGAUACUGGCAUUGGCCUUACUCUCCAGACAUGAGUAAUGUGCUUGUUGAUGUGGCUGAGCUUUUGAAUGUGUGUUGGCUAGAAGUUCAUGGAAGCUUUGACAUGUCCAACCUCUCACCAGGAGCCAUAUAUGAAGUUGCUUUUGUUGUGCAAUUGAAAGAUCCGGCAUAUGGAUGGGAGGCUCCUGUGAACCUUAGACUGGUACUCCCUGAUGGAAAAACUCAACAACACAAGGAAUGUCUAAUUUACAAGCCUAGAGCAAAGUGGAUUGAGCUUUUAGCAGGGGAAGUCCAGACAUCCCCAGGAAACACUGGGGCUUUGCAGUUUUCCUUGUUUGAAUUUGAAGGUGGUCAAUGGAAAAAAGGGCUGGUCAUCAAAGGUGUCACCAUUCGUCCAAAGAACAAGCCCUGAAGUUGUUCCUGAAAAGUAAAGAAUAACAGAAUAUCAAAUAAUAUCGACCUAUCAAAUAUUCUCAUAGUGAAUGCUUCGUCAUCAAUCUCAUUCUCUUCA